UUCAGAAAUCCUGGUUGCAUAGUAGUUAAGUCCUACGGCUACUAACCAAAGGUUCAGCAAUUCAAAUCCACCAGGCGCUCCUUGGAAGCUCUAUGGGGCAGUUCUACUCUGUUCUACAGGGUUACUAUGAGUGGGAAUUGACUCGAUGGCAAUGGGUUUGGUUUUUUGGUUUUUUUAUAAUGUAGUAAUAACAUGAUAUUUACACUAUACUAUUAUUUUUGCAAUUAGUACAAACAAAGAAAGGUUCUUUGUGUAAUAUCUUAACUAUCCAAUAAUCCUAUUCUUUAUUAUAGGACCUAACAGUAAAAUAUGCUUCUCUUUUAUUUCUAGAGAAAAAAAAUUUCUGCUGCAUUUUUGGGCAUAAGUGAGAACAUUCAUUUGUAUAUACCCAUGCUCACUUUUCAUAAUACCUGUUGGGCACCCAGCUCCUUCCAGCUCACUGGCAUCCCAGGGCUGGAGUCUCAGCACCUCUGGCUCUCCAUUCCUUUUGGCUCCAUGUACCUGGUAGCUGUAGUGGGGAAUGUGACCAUCCUGGCAGUGGUAAGGGUAGAGUGCAGCUUGCAACAGCCCAUGUACUUUUUCCUGUGCAUGUUGGCUGUCAUUGACUUGGUUCUGUCCACUUCUACUAUGCCUAAAUUACUGGGAAUCUUCUGGUUUGGUGCUGGUGACAUUGGUCUGGCUGCCUGCUUGGCCCAAAUGUUCCUCAUCCGCUGCUUCGCCACUGUCGAGUCAGGCAUCUUCCUUGCCAUGGCUUUUGAUCGCUAUGUGGCUAUCCGCGACCCCUUACAUCAUACCACAGUGCUUACCCAUGAGGUGGUGGGUCGUCUGGGACUGGCUGCCCUCCUUCGUGGGGUACUCUACAUUGGACCCUUGCCUCUGAUGAUCCGUCUGCAGCUGUCCAUUUACAAGUCCCGGAUAAUCUCCCACUCCUACUGUGAACAUAUGGCUGUAGUUACUUUGGCGUGUAGUGACAGCAGGGUCAACAAUGUCUAUGGGCUGAGCAUUGGUUUUCUGGUGCUAAUCCUGGACUCAGCAGCCAUUGCUGCCUCCUAUGUAAUGAUUUUCAGGGCUGUGAUGGGGCUAGCCACCCCUGAGGCCAGGCUUAAAACCCUGGAGACAUGCGGUUCUCACAUCUGUGCCAUCCUGAUCUUCUAUGUUCCCAUUGCUGUUUCUUCUCUCAUUCACCGGUUUGGUCACCAUGUGUCUCCUCCAAUCCACACCCUGCUGGCCAACUUCUAUCUUCUCACUCCUCCAAUCCUCAAUCCUAUUGUCUAUGCUGUCCGUACCAAACAGAUCUGAGAGAGGCUUCUCCAGAUCCUGAAGAGAGAGAUGAGGAACAGAUGACUGUUGUUUCCUUCUUCCUUUCC